CACUUCUCUGCCCCGUGACGCUGACGCCGCUGCCACGCGACGCGGCGCGGCGCGCUCCGAGCCUCCCCCGGAAGCGCCGCCCCGCUCCCGGCGUUCCGCCGCUCUCCCGGCGCCGCUCCCGGCCCGGCCGCCCGUCCCGCUGCCGGCAGCAUGCUGGAGCCGCCGCCCGCGGAGCCGCCGCCCGCGGGCAGGGACGUGCGGGACCGCCUCAGUCUCUGGGACCGCCGCCCGCAGCCCACCGCGCCGCUCAGCGACCGCCAGACCGACUCGGUGCUGGAGCUGAAGGCGGCGGCCGAGAACCUGCCGGUGCCUGCCGAGCUUCCCAUUGAGGACUUGUGCAGCCUAACAUCGCAGUCGCUGCCUGUUCUGCUGACAGCUGCGGUGCCAGAAUCCACAGAGGAUGUCCUUUUGAAGGGAUUUGCAACACUAGGGAUGGAGGAUGAAAGGAUUGAAACAGCACAGCAGUUCUUCUCCUGGUUUGCUCAGGUGCAAACACAGAUGGAUCAAGAUGAAGGUGCCAAGUAUAGACAGAUGAGGGAUUACUUGUCUGGCUUUCAGGAUCAGUGUGAUGAUAUCUUGAAUGAUGUGAAUAGUGCCCUUCAGCACCUGGAGUCACUGCAAAAACAGUAUCUUUUUGUGUCCACAAAGACAGGAACGCUGCAUGAGGCCUGUGAACAGCUUUUGAAAGAGCAGUCAGAACUUGUUGACCUGGCUGAAAACAUCCAGCAGAAACUUUCAUACUUUAAUGAGCUGGAAAACAUCAACACUAAAUUGAAUUCCCCUACGCUGUCUGUGAACAGUGAAGGAUUCAUUCCCAUGCUGGCUAAGCUUGAUGAUUGUAUUGCAUAUAUUUCAUCACAUCCAAAUUUUAAAGACUAUCCUGUAUAUUUAACUAAGUUUAAACAAUGCCUUUCUAAAGCUAUGCACCUUAUCAAGACAUACACUGUGAAUACACUACAGAACCUCACAACCCAGUUAAUGAAAAGGGAUCCUUCAGCUGUGCCAAAUUCUGACAAUGCCUUCACGUUGUUUUAUGUGAAAUUCCGAGCAGCUGCUCCCAAAGUCAGAACUCUUAUUGAACAAGUAGAGCAAAGAUCUGAGAAAAUGCCAGAGUAUCAGCAAGUUCUCAAUGAAAUCCAUCAAUGUUACCUUGACCAGCGGGAGCUUUUACUUGGUCCAAGUAUCGCUAGCACUGUUACAGAAUUAACCAGUCAGAAUAACAGAGAUCAUUGUGCUCUGGUACGAAGUGGUUGUGCCUUUAUGGUCCAUGUAUGCCAGGAUGAACACCAGCUUUACAAUGAGUUCUUCACAAAACCAACACCAAAACUGGAUGAACUAUUGGAAAAGUUGUGUCUUUCAUUAUAUGAUGUCCUGAGGCCAAUGAUCAUCCAUGUCAUUCACUUAGAGACACUUUCUGAACUCUGUGGGAUUCUCAAAAAUGAGAUGCUUGAGGAUCAUGUACAGAACAAUGCUGAACAACUGGGUGCAUUUGCGGCUGGUGUCAAGCAGAUGUUGGAAGAUGUACAAGAGCGCCUUGUCUAUAGGACGCAUAUUUACAUUCAGACUGACAUCACCGGCUACAAGCCUGCACCGGGAGAUCUCGCCUAUCCUGACAAGCUGGAAAUGAUGGAGCAAAUUGCACAGAGUUUGAAAGAGGAGCAGAAGAAGCUGCCAUCUGAAGCUUCAUUUUCAGAUGUCCGGCUAGAAGAUCCCGAGUCCUGCAGCUUAGUUAAAUCUGGUUCAGCGGAAUCCCUUAAUCCCAGGCAUCAGAGCACGAUUUCACCUGCAGAUCUGCAUGGAAUGUGGUAUCCUACUGUCAGAAGGACUCUAGUGUGUCUCUCAAAACUCUACAGAUGUAUAGAUAGGGCAGUGUUUCAGGGAUUAUCGCAAGAGGCCUUAUCUGCCUGCAUCCAGUCGCUGCUGGGAGCUGCUGAUUCCAUCAGCAAAAAUAAGACCCAGGUUGAUGGACAGCUUUUCUUAAUAAAACACCUUCUGAUUCUUCGUGAACAAAUUGCUCCUUUCCACACAGAUUUCACCAUUAAGGAAAUUUCCCUGGACCUUAAGAAAACUAGAGAUGCAGCAUUUAAAAUCCUGAAUCCUAAGGCAGUUUCAAGAUUUUUUAGACUAAACAGCAACAACGCCUUGAUACAGUUCUUACUGGAGGGUACUCCAGAAAUCAGAGAACAUUAUAUCGACUCCAAGAAAGACGUAGAUCGUCAUCUGAAAUCAGCUUGUGAGCAGUUUAUUCAGCAGCAAACCAAACAGUUUAUAGAACAGCUGGAGGAGUUCAUGACAAAGGUAGCUGCUUUAAAAACAAUGGCCACUCAAGGAGGACCCAAUUACAGCCUUUCACAGCAACCUUGGGCACAACCAGCAAAGAUCAACGAUCUGGUUUCUUCCACUUACAAGACAAUAAAAACAAAGUUGCCAUCAACUUUACGAAGCAUGUCCUUAUACUUGUCCAAUAAAGAUACAGAAUUAAUUCUGUUUAAGCCAGUCAGGAAUAACAUUCAGCAAAUGUUCCAGAAACUCCAUGCUCUGUUAAAGGAAGAAUUUAGUAAUGAAGACCUCCAGAUCAUAGCUUGUCCUUCAAUGGAACAGGUGAACUUACUCUUGUCGAUGUCCAAGUAGCCCAGCAGUGAGGCUGCUUGGAAUAAGCUUCAGCCAAAUGCUAAGCAGUGAAGGGAAUGCAGAGACAUUUGCUUGAAGUAAAUGAAGGAUCCCACUGUGCAGUCUGGUCUGCAUCAAAACUAUCCAGGCUGCUUAACCCUGUUUUAGGGAAAAAACCCAAAAUGAACAGGUUUGUUGAUUCGGCAAAGGUCUUCCUGUUCACUGGGUUGAGCAGUGGACAGAAGAAAACGAAACAAAAACCCCUUUGCUGAUCACUCAUAUGAAAGCUCAAUUACUGCCUUUUCCAGAUAUUUUCAAAACUGAGAACCUUUUUUAUUUGUUUUUUUAAUGUAGAAACCAUUGUUGCUUUCCCUUAAUGAGCUGAUAUAUGCAGUGGGAAGUCACACUUUCAAAGAGAUGCUGGAAAUACAGUGCAGGGAAUCAAAUGAGAGCAAUAGAUAUAUGUGAGACUUGGGAGAUGACCACAUUGGUAUGACCUUCCCUGAAAAUCCUAGUAAUCCACCAUGUGCUUGAAAGUAAUUCAGAAGUUCUUGCUUGGGAAAACCUAAUUUCCCACAUGUGAAGUGUUUCUUGAAACACAGGAUGGGCUGUCUUUCUUACACUCUUGUGACUGGGAGCUGUGAGGUCUGACCUGAAGUGUCAUACUCCAGCCUUUCUCCGUGUGAAGAGUCUCAGAUCCUUGGGAUUUGCAGUGGAAAGCUGUGAAACAUAAUUUCUGUUGUUUCUGAGGGAACCACAUGUUUUCAGCUGCUUGACAGCAGUGCUUAACAUUGAGGUUUUCAGCUACCAAAUUUCAGGGCAGAGUUGGUAUUUUUUGCCUUUUUCAAGAUCAAAUGGUGAUAUCACAUAACUUAAAGUGGGAAUGAGUCUGGAAUUGGACAGCCUUUGUGCCGUGGAGAAAGUGCUAAUCGGGUUGUGGGGGCCUGAAACCUGAUGUGCAAGGCUGUCAAAUCUGCAUUGUAAAGAGAGGAUAAGUACUCAGUAACUUGUAAACAGUGCAACUGUUGAGUGAACAUUAAUUGGACAUUAGUGUGGAAAGCUGGAUGCUAAAUGCCUGGCUCUUAAUGGAAUGAACACUUCAGGGUGUCUCAGUGUGUAAAUCUUCGUUGUGCAGCACUGAAAAAUGAAAAUGUGGUGGGUGAUGUGACAGAUUUUUAACUUAUUUAUAAAGCCUGUUCUGUAUACGUUUGAAUAUGAAGAAAUUUCCUUGCACAUUGGUGGUAUUUCGAUUUAAUAAUUUUCCUGUUAUAAAUAACAAGGCUGGAGUAUAAGAUGGUGGGAUUGAAAGCUACCACAAGAACUGUUACAGCAGUGGUGCUGAGAUACAUAAAUGGUACUCAUAGGACCUUAUAUGACUCCUUAAAAAUUAAGUAAAGGAACUAACAAGGAGAAAAACUUGCCCUCACCCUUUACUUAUGUAGAAAUACAGGCUGUAAUAUAAUGUCCAGUGCAUUGUAAUAUAUGUAUAUUUGUUUUUUAUAAAGUUUUUCAGAAGGACUGCAUGGUCACUGUACAGAGUUAUGACUGACUUAAUAUUGUACAGAAGAGACGUGAAGGGUAGACCAUGGCAGCAGUCGCUCUUGUGCUUGGGAUCUUUUUCUCUCUUAGAGUACCCAAACAGCUCUAGGACAGCUGGUGGAAGGAUUAGAAGAGCAAUCAGUUUAUACAGCCUGUUUGCUAAAUGAACAUUUGUUUAAACAUGUACAGUUUCAGAUAUUUACGUUUACAAAUAGUGUAAGUACUUUCAAAAGAUUAAUUUAAGAUGCUUUAUAUUAUCUGACUAGAAACUUGCCGUUUUUAAUUUUUUUAAAUAAAAAUGUUGCCUCCUAUUUUGGUCCAAGAGUAAAGCUUUAUUCUGUAUCCUGAGGCUUGUCUGUCAAGAUAACUGUAAUACAGAGACAAUAAACAUCCUGUAAGCACAA